CGUUCACGCACGCGUGCUAUGUUGGGUUGAAACGAGGGGCGACGAAGGUUCGCACGGCAGCCGCGAGGAGGGCGUGAAGUGUCGCCGUGCAGUUCCCGGGAAGAUAAUAAACAAAAGGGACGAUGGCUCGUCUUCUCCGAAUGCUUUGAAUCGGUGUCUCUUCCUUGGGUAUGCGUCGCCGUCAGGUUAGCGACUGCUCGAGGUUGUUUUCUCGCGAGUGAAACAUCGUCAUCGGGGUAAGUUCCCACUGGAAAAAACGAGCGACGUGAUCCGCUCGCGUGAUUCUCCGCUACUUCUCCCCCGCAUCUCGAUGGCGCGGUAGCUGCUCCGCGGUAUCGACAGGUUAUGUUGACGGGGCGCGUGUAACCUUGGCCGUGUGCCGUGUCUCGGGCGACCUCGAUAGUUUGGGGAUCCGGCUCUCACGGAUUUGUCCUUCGUCUCCCAUUGUCGCGUUACAUAAUUACUCAUAGACUUGUCUCGCCGGAGCCGUGCGGCAUAGUGCUCGCGGGCAUCACGGAGUUUUGUGCGGUCCGUAUCUGUCAUAACGUGAAGCGACUUCGACUGCUCGCCGCGCCAUAUUGGCAGCGAAGUGUUUUUACAUUGAUAACUCCGUUUUUUUUUUGGGAUCUACCUUGCGCACGCGGUAUCGCUUAUCGCUACGCGGGACUCGUGAGACGGGAGUCCUCGAUACCUAGGGUGCUUUCGACAGGGUGUGAAUUCUGUACGUGUAACUGUGCUGAUGUCUAAACGAUUUCGAAAAUCAGUCGAUCAUUUUUAGACUCCCGCACGUUGCUUUUAGGACCGAAACUUUGAUCUACACAAAUUGUAUACGAUUUUGAAAGGCAAGCGCCGAUUGCCGUUUUCCUGUCCGUUGCAAACAUCGCUAAUUCCGAAGAGAUUUUUGCAAAAUGACAGAGAGUAGUGUGCCCAGAAUAAAGUCGCGCAAUGGAGCGCGAAUUUUUAAAAAUCCACCACAGCCACACAUGUGUAUACAAGAUUUCAUACAGGGCACUAUGGCUCCGUGUUAUGUAAACAUAUUGUCUUGGGACAAAGUUCAAAUGCCUCGUAGAUCUACGCAGCCUAUACCACUCUAUGGAGGUAUGAGAUUGCCACCACCUCGCACAAAGACGGAAGCAAUAGUGUUUGCAGUAAUUGUUAAUCCAGAAGUUCUACGGAUGAGUGGCAAGAAUGCUCAGGAUGUACAGAAACGUACGUGGUUUAUUGACACACUAUUAGACUUCAUAGAGACAAUGAACCCAGGAAUAGUAUUCAAUCGUAAUUACACAAUACUGAAAGAUCGUGAUAUUACGGGUGAGCUGAAGGAGGUUUGGAACGCAGUGCUAGCUAUACGCGACAACGAGCAGCGUCCGCCACAGCAGGAAACUUGGAUCGACGUUCAACCUCCGAUGUCACAAUUUCCUCAAUAUCCAGAACAGCAACAGCAGCAAGAAUAUAUACCGCAACCGCCGCAGUAUCACUCGAGCGUCGCCUAUGGUAGAACUAUGAACAACGAAAAUAUGCAUUAUGAGAACUAUGGACAUCAGCCUCAGAGUCCAGUAAUUUCUAAGAACGAGCCUAUUUUCAUAUCCGGACCUAUUGGAACGCAGCAGCAUAACCUUCGCGAUCGUCGUAUCAUGCUUAAUGGAAUUGACAGCUAUAGCGAGCGCGGCAGAGACGGUCAAGUUGUACAAAAUAUUAUUGCCGCACAGCAUCAAUUUCAACCCAGACAAACGUGGCCGCAGUAUAUGAAUACAAAGUAUAUGCAUCCGAAUUCGAAUCUGCCAUAUGGACCAGCCCCAAAUACCACCCCAACUAUUGAUCCUUCGUACUCGGUGAGGCCUCUUCAUACAUAUGUUUAUCAACAGCAACAACAACAACAGCAGCAGCAGCAGCAGCAGCAGCAGCAGCUGACACCGCCGCCGUUGCACAUGGAUAUAGAUGCUAUGCACAAUGAUAUGCGUCGGAUAAAACAGCAACCACAACUACAACAGUCACAAAUAUAUUUCCACAAUGUACAAUCGCAGUAUGUUGAGCAAUCUGGUUUGUUUAAUGUACAAAACAAUGCUCAUAGAGGUAGACCGCAUAUGGGAGUAGCUCAGAAAAACAACGCUACUAAGAGACAGACAAAUUCACCAACACACACUUCUUGUACCAAUUGCCAAAAUAAAGACGAUCAAUCUUCCACAAAACCGAAGAGUCCUGUUAAAGUUCUUCAGAGGGAGAUGCCGACGGAACGGCAAGAUACAACUAAUGUGGAGAGCAAUAAAACCCCAGCAGAAAAAUUAGAGGAACUGAAAAUUGUUCUGGUGACAGAUUUAGAUGAGACUGUUAAGAAAAAUGAUGAAGUCAUAGUUGAAUAUGCCCAACCAGAGAAAGAAGAUGUUUGUAGUCCAGAACUCAUGUGUACUGUCAAUGAAACAUCAUCAUGUGAAGAUAAGAAUUCUGUAAAACCAGAAUCCUGUAAGAUGCCUUUGAUGGAAACGAAGGAGACGGAAGUGCCAGCCAUACAACAAUUGACUGUUCAGAAGAAUACCAAUAAAUCUGUCAGAAGCAAUGCACGAGCACGAAGAGCGCCAGCGACCAAAGGUGAUAAGCAUAAUUCUUUGGAGAGUCCAAAGCGCUCACAGCCGACGAUGAAUAGCAUUAUCAAGACUGUAUUCAAAAUUAAUCCAAGUGCAUCCGGUGAGGAAUCUGGUAAGAAAAAGGCAAACGGCCAGGUAAGGCCGACCAAUAAUAAAGCGAUGUGCGAGAAUGAGGAACACGUACAACAGGGAUAUACGAUACUAAAGAAGGAGACUCAGGAGGAGAUGAUGAGCGAGAUCGCUCAAUUAUCCAUUCAAGACUGCAAGGACGCGACUGAAGUCGCUCCCGUGCUCUCGUGAUAGCCAGCUGAUACUCAGCUGUGUCGGCGCGCGACCAAGAGCUUUGAUGUAAAUAGAUAGAACUUUAUUCAAUAGAGAGAAGUUACAAAGUAACAAAAGACAUCGCAGACAGAGGAGAGGGAAAAAGAUAUGUCUUUGACGAUUAGAAUUCACGCUUUUAUGAAAAAUUUCGAGUCCUUUUGAACAGAAUGAGACUAUAAGACGGUUUUGAUUAUCAUCGUGCGAAUAUCUGACAUACAUCGUGAAUGUGAUCAUACCAGAAUAACGGUACUAUCUGUGUGAUAUCAAGAAACGUAAAGUAUUUCAGCUUUAGUCGAUUAUGGAAAUAAGUUAGGAAACUUGUUCACGAUCAAAGUUGGAUACAACUUGAAUUUAUAUAUGAUUUGAUGAAAAAUAAGCAUUUGAUUCAUUACUUAGGCCGUUGUAGGGAUCAUUUUUUUGAAUGUCAUUUUUAAUAACGGUUUCAAUGACUUACAGUUCUUAUAUUUUUGUAUUUGUAAUUACAAAGUUAUUGCUGGAUUCCGAAAUAUUGGGCUUUUAUUGCAAUGAAAUUUAUUAAAUUUUUCUUAGAUUAGUUGAUAAAAUAUAAUAAAUCUAAUUCUUUUUAGUUUAUAUUUUAUAGAAAAAUAAGCAGUUUAAAAAUAAAAUGUUAUAAUAAUUUGAUGUUAAAUGUUUAAAUUCUAAUUUUGAACAAAUAUGUAUUAUAUAGAUAUAUAUCUAUGUAUAUCUAUUUUUUCAUUGAAAAUAAGUAUAAACAUGAUUUGUUUGCUAUUUUUACCAACUAUGGUAACGAACAUAAUCACUUGCAUGCAUAAGUUCACACUUGCUAAUCGAAAUCCGUCUAGGAAUCAAUUUACUUCCAAUAUUUCAACAAAUGAUGUCGAAAUAACGGAGGAGAUGAUAUUAAAAUAUUUUUAAGUGUACGAAAUAUCUGAAUGCUGCCUCGUUAUCUCUACGCACGAAAACGAAUUGAAAUUCAUUAUGGAUUGGAUUAAGCAUCAAAAGCUGGGUAUGAAAAUUUCAACAUGUUCCGAAUAUUGUUAAACAUUGUGUAAUCGCGCGAUGCCUGGAUGCCUCUAAACUACCAAGAAUUCAUUGAUCAUGAUUCAAUGCAGUGAUAGACGUACGCGAGAUAUUGAUGCUAUUCAGCAUCUUUGUUAAUUGAUGGACUGCGAUAAUCCAGUGCGUCAUGAGGUUCACUCUGUAAUUGAAAUGUGUGAACCAGUUUUGCCCAGCUCUAUGAAGUAUACAGUGGUAUUGUCUGUAGUUAAGAACUGGUAGAUUUAAGCCGGCGUAGCAUAUAAUUAUUGCAAGUCGAACGUUGCUGUAGAUUUACAAAGAAAAAAGUAUUUCAUUAGAAUGUAAAAGCUCAUCAUCUCAUAUCUUAUCUUUUCACAAAACAAUCAGAGAAUUUCUAUCAAAA